GUUAUAUUAAAGCUUCAUUUCAUUUCGAGUGGAUUUGCUUCUUUUGAGAUUAUGGAACAAGAUUACAUCUGCUCAGGCUGCUGCUACCACUAUCGAAUUUUCUCACUGCAAGAAUCUCUCUAUUGGCGGUUACUGCCUCUUUCGUGAACUGCACUUAGCUGCAAAUUUCUAAGUCAGGGCUGAUGUCUGCAAGUUAUCAUUCCUUUGCAUAGUCCUAGAGUCUUAUCUAAACCUUGGUCUCUACAGUUUAAAAAUUCUGUUAGUCCCUAUUCCAUAUCUGCUUCUUAUGGGCGCUGACUGAAGAAGGAUGUAUCAGUUUUUUUUCUCUUCAAAGUUUUGACAUGUCGUAGCUUUGAUAAGUCUUUUUCUCGAGUCUUCCAACCUUGAGUGAAUUGUUGAGAGCCUGGGUUUCUUACUUAAAAACAUCCCUUCUUUUUGGUUCUUUGCGUCGUCCAGUUCUCAGUAUGUUUUGCGUUCUUAUCUUGGCCAGCCAAUUUAUUUUCUAAGUAAAUAACGGUUAGCCAGAGAAUCUUUGAGUUUGCUGGCAUACGAACAAUUGGAAGAUUGAAGUUACAGAUAUAUUUUCAUAAGUUCUUUACAAACAAAACUAAAGAGGAUACUGUGUUUAACCAAGAGCCAUGGAGAGGUUUAAUUUUGUCAAAGAAGUUGGUGAUGGGACUUUUGGGAAUGUUUGGCGAGCUGUCAAUAAACAGACUGGUGAAUUUGUUGCAAUUAAAAAAAUGAAGAAAAAGUAUUACUCUUGGGAAGAAUGUGUUAAUCUGAGAGAAGUGAAGUCUCUUAGUAGGAUGAAUCAUCCAAACAUUGUGAAGCUGAAGGAAGUUAUCCGCGAGAAUGAUAACAUGUACUUUGUGUUUGAGUACAUGGAGUGCAAUCUUUACCAGCUUAUGAAGGAUCGCCCUAAGCUUUUUGCAGAAUCUGAUAUCCGAAAUUGGUGCUUUCAAGUCUUUCAAGGCCUUUCUUACAUGCAUCAGCAUGGAUACUUUCACCGUGAUCUUAAGCCAGAAAAUCUAUUAGUCUCUAAAGAUGUCAUUAAGAUUGCUGAUCUUGGCCUUAUACAGAAUAUGUCUCGACACACUGUUAAGGUACAGGGCACCUGAAGUACUGCUACAGUCAUAUGUGUACACGUCUAAAGUCAUUUAGUGUUCUCAAAACUCCAAUAGAAAUAAGUCUUUCAGUAUGGUGUUGGUCCAUUUCUUAAUGAAAUUUUGCUUGUGUUCAGAUAUGUGGGCAAUGGGCGCUAUUCUGGAUGAGCUGUUGUCGCUUCGCCCCCUUUUUCCUGGAGCUAGUGAAGCAGAUGAGAUAUAUAAAGUCUGCAAUGUGAUAGGUAGCCCAACUCAAGAGACAUGGUUGGAGGGCCUUAAUCUGGCUAGUGUCAUUAAUUACCAAUUCCCUCAGAGGCGAUUAACCUUGUUGAGCGGCUAUGCUCAUGGGAUCCCAACAAUAGGCCGACUGCUGCCGAGGCUUUACAGCACCCGUUCUUUCAGAGUUGUUACUAUGUUCCACCAUCUCUCCAUACCAAAACGUCUGUUGGGCAGAGAGGGUCUCUCGAGCAUCAGCAGCAGCAAUCAGUCAAGAGGUUGCCGGCGACUUUGACCAAUACUGCUAAUAAUAAGCCGUUCAACAGUUAUGCUAAUGCAAAGGCAAUGGUCCUCCUUUUGGCGCUUGUCAGACCCAGCGGAAUUUGGAGACAGCAUGGAACAACAAAGCCAUGGGAAGUUAUCAUGUCAGAGAUGCUAAGUAUAUACCACCGCCUGGAAGGAAGAGUCCUUGCAAGUAAAUUUACAUUUUUAGUCCUUCUAUUGGGUCUUUCCUCGUGGGCCAUCAGAGACUGCGAAUAAACUGGCAAAUGCAGUGGUUGGCGGGGGAAGAUGGAGUCAGAGUCAAAGGCAACAACAACCGGUUAUGAAAGCAGGGUGGGUGGGAGAAAGUGGUGACAUGUUCCUUAGACCUACACAGCCUCCCAACCCCUACUCUAGGAGAAUCGCCGGUUAAAGCCCAAAGACUCUUUGGGCUUUUGAUCAUCAUCUUCCAGAGAGUCCAAAGUCGUUUGAAGACUAAGCUAUGUUUGAUUUCCUUUUUCAAAACUAUCUUUCUUGUUCGUCGAACUUCUUCCCUCUGUACUGACUUUAAUGUUUCUGUCAUGACUUUGACUAUUUUGUAUGAAGUACUUUUCAUUUCUCAAUAAAGCUGUCGACUUUGGGCCUAAA